UUCUCCCCCCUUUCUUCUUCCCUCGAUUCUCUCUAUCAUCAUCAUCAAGUUCAACCAGAGAAAGCGAUAUAGAUAGAUACAGAUAUAUACAACAAGAAGCACUCACAAUUCCUUCUCAUUCGAAACCCCAUUUUCUUCGUCUAAAAUCCUACAAAAAACCUCCUUUGAUCGAGACUCUAAUGUAACCCAUUGAUACCCACUAUUCACACUACCGAUCAAGACUCAGCUAUGUCUUCUGGAGAGCCAUCAACGUCGAUCCACGCAGGUGGCUCUUCACCAAAUGAAGUAACAGUUGAAGAAGAAGAAGAACAAGAACACUCUAAUCACAUCAACAAUGGCGAACCCACAAUCAAUAACAACCCAGAGAAAACGACUAACAAUACUAGCAUCAUCAAUAAUAGUUUUUUAGUUAGAAAGGAACGACCUUCUCGUGCUUGUACGGCUAGGGCACAAGCAAGGGUUCAAGCUGUUGUGGCGGCAGAUGCAGCUGAAAGAAAGAAGAAAUCUGUGAAGAAGGAACGAUUUCGUGGGAGAGAAGAAUCGUCUUCACCUCCACCGCCUCCUCAAACACCUCAAUGCAAGAUAAUUACGCCUCUCCUUGCUGAGCCUCCUCCGUCGCAGCAGGCGCGGUGGGAUCUUCGGUCUAUGUGGGAACUUGCUUCAAUUCUUAAUUUUAUGAAUGUUUUUAGGCCUCUUUUAAACAUUAAAGUGGAAUUCUCUGCUGAGGAACUUGAAACAGCUUUGAUUAUGCCAAACAGUACUUUGGGUGCUAUACAUAUACCUUUGUUGAAGGCAAUUCCUCCUAUUACUCGAAUGGCACUUGGUCAUAAUACAUGGGUUACUGUACUAUGCAGAAAGUUGAGAGAUUGGUGGCAAUGGGUGGCAGAAGGGGACAUUCCAAUUGUUGCAUCUCAUGGGGCUGAGAUUGACACGUACAGUGCUCUUGAUCCUAGCAUUAGGGUUUUGAUCUUGAAAGCCUUGUGUGAUAUUCGUGUUGAGCAAGAAGAUAUUCGGAACUACAUAGAGGAUUCAAUUAAACAUGGUGCUCAACUUUCAUCGUUUCGUAAGGAACGAGUUGGCGGUGAUUCGUAUGGAAUCUCCUAUUGGUAUGAAGGCGAUGACAUUAUUGGUCAUCGAUUAUAUCGUGAAAUACGAAAAGUGGAGGUGAAGAAAGGGAAAGGAAAGAGUGUGCCUCCUAUAGCUAAUUCUUGUUACAACUGGGAAACAGUUGCAACUAAUUUUGAUGAAUUUCAGGAUGUUUCUGAUAAACUUUUUGAAAGUAAAAACAGAACAGAAGCAUCGCUUGGAAAGAAACUGAAGAUUGACAUGCUUCCUGAGAUUGAGAAGGUUCAUAAGAGGAAAGAAAAGCUGUUGAAGAAGCAACAGAGACAAGCUCUUCUCCUUGAUAAUAUGAUGACUACUAUGGAUGGGUUUGCUGCGGGACGCUCUCUUCGUGAUAGAAAACCUGUUACAUACACAUUCGAUGACUAUGACAGAUCAAUCAAUGAGGCUAUCAAAAUAACCAAAAGGAAACAACCUUCGCCAGAACCUACUGACAGAAAAGAAGUCGGUUUGAAACUCGAUGAUUCUGCAAAUGGAAAGUGGAACAACGGGCCUUCACAACAUCCUCAACUAGAUUCUUUUGAGGUGCCAUCUCCAAUGUCACUCGAUCAAGAUGAAGUUGAUGAAGACAUAGCAACCGAGACGACUGAUCUCAGCAAUCAGAGAAGAAGACAGAGGCCUCAACGCUAUUCAGUAAAGGAUUACGUCGAUGCGAUUUCCGAAAACGAAGCAGACUUCGAUAGCGACGAUGACAUAGUUGGAGAGGCUGUGUACGACGAAGAAUACUUGAGGCAACGCAAACAGAAGAAGAAAAUAUCGAGCAGUUCUGAAGGCGACGAAGAGUAUCACGAUGAAGAAAACGCAGAUGAAGAAGAUGAUGACGAAGAAGAAGAACCCGAUAAUUCCUUAAGUAUCAGCGAGGACAGUGAUGAGCCUCGUAGAUACAGAAAACAUUUGCCAGUCCGAAGUACUAGGAGGGAAAUGAAGUUAAAAUCGUUUGGGGGCUUUCAAAAAACAGGGUUAAGACGUAGUAGAAGGUCCACGAGGAAUCGUAUCGACUAUAAACAGUAUGAGCUGUCUGAUUCUGAAGCUGAAUCAACAAAACCGCAGAAACAGAACGUUUCUGACGAAGAGUUCUCUGAAGGUAACAAUGAAAUGGAAGUUGACGAGCCUCUUCCUGACCAACAAACGGUUAUAACUGCUGGGGAAGAAGAGGAAGAAGGCGAAAACAAACCAUUGGCUAAAUCGAGCAGCAGCCCAGAUGGCGAUGGGAGCAAUCGACGAUUUCUUGACCUGAACGAGCUGGCUCCAGGUUUUGGAUUCGAUGAUGUGGGUCCCAGCUUAACGAAAGAUGAAGAUAAGGAUAAUAACCUCUAGAACACACUACUAUCCAGGUCAGGUUUGUCAUUUCUUAUGUAGAUUUUUUAAGAACCCUAGAAUUAAAAAAAAAAACAGCAAAACACAGUGAAUUGGGGUAAGAAUUAUGGAGUUCUUUUGGUGUUCCCUUUUUGUUCUUUGUACUAUAAUCCUUCUUUUAACUAGCAACACAUUUUGUAAGUGAAAGAUAUAUAACCUUCUCUUCUUUUUUUUAAAACCCGCGCCCAUCUAUGUUCGAUUCGAUGAUCA